AUGGUGGGCCUCCACAACAACAACAACAACAGCAUCGUCAGCGCGUACAGCAUGAAUGGGGGGGCGGUGAGUGGGGGAGGCGUGGGGGGCGGAGGGGGGACGAGCAUAGGCAUAGGUGUGGGGGUGACGUACUCCCUCACCAACCCACUGCCCUCUCCUGACCCCGGUACAACCUCCCCCUCGCUGCCGCCCACGCCAACGCCCACACACCCACACGCCCUCAAGCCGCCCACGCCGCCCGCCACGCCCAUUUCCCGCGGCUGGCACCCUCAUGUCUACAGUGCCACGCCCAAGUCACCCACGCCACAUAGGAUAUCGGACAUCUUAGGGUGGGCGGUGUGCGGUCGAAGUGAUGAACCGCUUAACCUCACGACCCGACCGCAGGAGACGCACACGCACCACAGUAAAGGUGACAGCAAGGGGUCGUCGGGCAGCAAGCGGAAGAAGGAGGCGGGCGAGCUCUCCCCGGGGCCUGGCAGCGGCGGCGACACGGAAGCCAGCAACGACCGCAAGAAGAAGAAAGCGCGCACUACCUUCACGGGGCGGCAGAUCUUUGAGUUGGAGCGCCAGUUUGAGGUGAAGAAAUAUCUCUCGUCCUCGGAGCGCGCGGAGAUGGCGAAGCUACUCAACGUCACGGAAACACAGGUCUGGGUGUGA